GCCUGAAAAUCUCUCGUUUUCUAUCAUUCUCCCAUCCUGCAGGCCUGAGCCCAGACCGAGACCCAGAGAAAUGUAAACAAACGCAGAGUCAGACUUGAUAUACGGGUGAAUUUGUUGCUUUUUAGAGGGGCAAUGGAUCUGUACAUGAGUGAGGUGGCGAGGGGCGUGGCCAGGGGGCGGCUAGCAGCGUGUGCCACCAGGGAAAUGUGUAUGAACAUAAAAAAGGCGCCUGUCAAGAAAGGUUCGUUCGGUGCAAGGAGUUGGCACAGGAGGCGUCUGAGGCUGUGCAGAGCGGCCGUCUGAACCUGGUGCCACAGCUGCACAGGAGGGCAUGGCAUAGCUGGCUGGACAACAUCACAGACUGGUGUGUCUCCCAGCAACUCUGGUGGGGCCACAGAAUGCCAGUGUACCACAUCACUGCAGCAGACGGCCGGGAGGUGUGGGUGGCAGCUGCUUGGAGGAAGAUGCAAGGCGGAAGGCUGUGGAGAAGGAAGACUGUGCUGCUGCAUGGCCUCCUGUGUGAUGGUGGCGGCCACAAGACAUCCAAGUCCUGGGGCAAUGUGAUAAACCCCCUGGAUGUGAUCAGUGGGGCGUCCCUGGAGGUACUGUGUGAGAGGAUGGAGGGGAGCCUGAAUACAGAAGAGGUACUCACUGGUAUCAGGAGGAACUUCCCCACAGGCAUCCCAGAGUGUGGAGCUGAUGCCCUUUGGUUCACCCUGUGCUCCACCAACUUCAAUACUGCACACCCCGUCCUGCAGCCUCAAGGCACUCACCUCUCCUUUUCCAGUCAUGGGUGCCUUGCCUCCUCCUUGCAACACCACCACCACCACCACCACUGCUGCCAUCACCUACGAGGGGGAGAGACUGUGAUGUGGCUGCGGGUGGCUAGGUUCGGAGGCCUCCAGAGAGCUGCCCUGAGUGAAGCUUGUGGUAUAGAGGGACAGCUGCUGAUCAUCAAGCUUACAUAGUGACUGGAGGAAAGUGGGAGGAGCCUGGAGGGAGUGAUGGAGGUACAGUACUUGGAGAAAAUCCCUUCACCAUGACAACUGGGUGUCUGCUGUACAGGCCACUGACCAAUGGUGAGAGGGAGAGGGAGACUGGCUAAUGGUGGAUGAGAGAGAGAGAGAGAGAGAGAGAGAGAGAGAGAGAGAGAGAGAGAGAGAGAGAGAGAGAGAGAGAGAGAGAGAGAGAGAGAGAGUCAUGAUAAAGGAUAUUGAGCACAGACUUCACCACUGGGUCGACUCUGGGGGCCACGUUCUUCUGCUAGGGAAGUACUGACUGGUUGGUGGCCGUGGCUGUUCACGCACUCGCUCUUGCUGUGGCUGGCAUGCUGUUCUGUCCUCUCUUCUUCCAGGAAUUGCUGUCUGAGGUUGUGUGUGUGUGUGUGUGUGUGUGUGUGUGUGUAGAAGCCAUCAUCAUCAACCACAGCAGGUGAUAAUGAUGGUUCCUGCUUUCAUCGUCAUCGGGGCUAGCCAGACCAACUUGGGGCUGUACUCUGGGGUGACGCUGUAUGCCUCAGGUGGGUCUGGAGGGGCUGGGAUAGUUGGUAACAAUUAAAAAAGACUAGUAUACACACAAACCAUUACAAACACUAUGUAAUGCUGGUAUACACACACAAACACACA